AUGGCACCCUACAUGAGUCAUGUAUCCUCAGAGUUGAGCUCUCCUGUGGACAGCAUUCAAUCGCCUCGAGGAGCACCAGUAGAGCCAAUUGCCGUCAUUGGCAUGAGCUGCAAGUUCUCAGGAGAUGCUACAACUCCUCAGAAAUUAUGGCAACUAGUUCUCGAGGGAAGAGAUGGAUGGUCAACCAUUCCAAAGUCGAGGUUCAACUCAGAUGCAUUCUACAACAAGGACCAUGCAAAAACUGGAAUGUCCAAUGUAGUUGGCGGUCACUUCAUACAAGAUGACAUCUCCAAAUUUGACGCUUCCUUUUUCAACUUUACCGCAGAAAUUGCCAACGCAAUGGACCCUCAGAUUCGGUUGCUUCUCGAGUCUGUAUUUGAAACAUCUGAAAAUGCCGGUGUAUCUCUUCAAAGACUCGCAGGGAGCGAUACGUCUGUGUUCAUGGGCUCUUUCUCGAGAGACUAUCAUGAUAGCCUCAUGAGAGAUCCGGACACACUGCCACGAACCGCUCUCACUGGCAACGGUGUCGCGAUGAUGUCAAACAGAAUCUCUCAUUUCUUCGACCUUCGUGGUCCUAGUUUAACGACAGAUACGGGUUGCUCCGCGAGCUUGGCUGCCCUUCAUCUAGCGGUUCAGAGCAUUCGGAACGGAGAGUCUAGAAUGUCUAUCGUCGGGGCGUCGAAUCUGCUGCUAAAUCCCGACCCCUUUAUCGUUAUGUCAAGUCUUGGCGUUCUAGGAGCCGAUGGACGGUGUUUUGCUUGGGACAGCAGAGCCAAUGGAUACGGCCGAGGAGAAGGCAUUGCCACGCUCCUUCUCAAGCCGCUUCGUGAGGCUGUUGCGGAUGGUGAUCCAGUUCACGCAGUCAUCCGAGAGACUGCUAUCAAUCAGGAUGGUAAAACACCAACUAUUACUUCGCCGUCCGCAGAAGCGCAGGAGGAAUUGAUUCGGGCUUGUUAUCGACGAGCCGGUUUGGACCCUUCCAAGACAGCCUAUGUCGAGGCCCAUAUGACGGGCACACCCACAGGAGAUCCCAUCGAAGCCACUGCUAUCAGCCGGGUUUUCAGCAAGAGUCGCAGCAGUCAUGAUCCUGUUCUAGUCGGAUCGAUCAAAACCAAUCUAGGCCAUUUGGAGGCCUCCAGUGGAAUUGCAGGCGUGAUCAAGGCGAUCAUGAUGGUCAAGCAUGGAGUUAUUCCCCCGAGCUUGAACUACGAGAAGGCCAAUCCCAAGAUCGACAUGGAAGCUCUCAGAGUUAGAGUACCCCUAGUCACCCAAGAGUGGCCUCAGGGCAUGCCUCGCCGGAUUUCAGUCAAUAAUUACGGCUAUGGUGGCACCAAUGGUCAUGUCAUCAUCGACGGCCCGCAGGAGCAUCUUCAAAAUCUUCCUGAGCCGCCAGCUGGUUCAGAUGAGCCGCGUCUCUUUCCUCUCAGCAGCAAAGACUCAAGUGUCACUUCCCAGAUGGUGUCAGAUUUAAGAUCCUAUCUUGAGGGCAAGAAGUCCUCAGGCGACAAGGUUAAUUUUGACGAUCUUGCCCAUACGUUAAACAUGAGAAGGUCGCAGUUUCCCUGGAGAGUGGCAGUCUCGAGUCUCACUAGCCUGGACAACCUGAUGGACUCUCUCGAGGAUCCUGUCAAGAAGACGGUUUCACUCGCCAAGGAACCACCUCGCAUUGGUUUUGUUUUCAAUGGCCAAGGCGCUCAGUGGCAUGCCAUGGGACGUGAGCUCAUCUCAGCCUAUUCGACUUUCAGAAAGGCAGUCCUUCACGCCGACGUUGUCUUGGCGGACUACGGCGCUGACUGGUCCUUGAUCGACGAACUUCAGCGUGACGAGAAGACAACUCGAGUGAACGAGCCCAGGCUUAGCCAACCAGUCUGUGUCGCCCUUCAGAUCUGCCUAGUCGACUUGCUCAAGUCUUGGGGCAUCUACGCAAGUGCCGUAACAAGUCACUCCAGUGGAGAAAUAUCUGCCGCCUACGCCUCAGGAGCACUCACUUUUGAGGAGGCGCUCGGUGUGGCCUACUUCCGCGGCGUCCUCACUGAGAAGUACCACACAUCUUCCGCUGUCCCAGGGGGCAUGAUGGCUGUUGGACUUGGCUCGGAAGCAGCCUGGUCGUAUCUGGCCGAGCAUGGGGUUGACAAGGGCACCGUGACAGUUGCCUGUGUCAACAGCCCGUCUAGCGUGACGCUGUCUGGAGAUCUGGACGCGAUAGAGCGACUCGAGAAGCAAUUUGCCGAAGAACAGAUCUUCGCUCGCAAGCUGAAAGUCAAGUCUGCCUAUCACUCUCACCACAUGCUUCCCAUGGCCGAGGAGUAUCUCAAGACGUUGAAGGACAUCAUCCAGCCGAAGCUCAAGUGGAACAAGAUCGUCUACUCCUCUCCGGUAACGGGCGAUCUGAUUACCACCCCCGACAAGCUUGGGCCGCAACACUGGGUGAACAAUCUUUUGUGGCCAGUGCUUUUCUCUCAGUCAUUUGAGAAGAUGUGUGCUCCUGGAUCCGACGGUACCAGUCCGAAGGUGGAUUUCAUACUUGAGACCUUCCCUCUUAUCCUUGGAAUCACGCCACAAGCUUCUGGCAAGAAUCUCGACUCAACCUUGCACAUCGUCAGAGACCUCACGCCCUCUGAGCUUCCGUGGCUCCGGCAUCACUUGGUUCAAUCGGACAUCGUCUACCCUGGCGCUGGAGGCAUCACGAUGGCAAUUGAGGCUAUACGUCAGAUUUCAGGCUCUGCUGCAGACUCAAUCGAUGGGUAUCGCCUGAGAGACAUCCAAAUCAGCAAUGCCUUGGUCAUUCCAGACACUGAGAGUGGAAUCGAAGUCCAGUUGUCUCUGCACCCAUGUGAUAGCAAGAACCUGGAGCCUGGAUGGUAUGAGUUCUCGCUCAAGUCAGCCCGUGCUGAUGGUGAUUCAUGGACCGAACAUGUUCACGGAUACAUCUCAGAAAGAACAAAAACAACCACAGUUCUUCCUCUGAGUCAGCCUACCAACUCCUCCGAGUCUAUCCAGGACAAACACUUGCAGCCUAUGGAUGUCGAAGAACUAUUCAGCCGUCUUAGGAAGAUGGGACUUCACCAUGGGCCUACCUUCCAGAAUAUGCUCAGCAUCCAGUCGCAGGAGCAGGUGUCUGGUUCUAGAUUUCAAUUUCAAGUUGCGGACUCCAAUGCUGCAAGCGGUCAUGUUCUUCAUCCGACGACCUUGGACUCGGUCUUCCAGGGAGCCUAUUCGGCACUCCCCACAAACGCCUAUCAGAAUUCCAUGGUCAUGCCACGAUCUAUUCAAGAGAUAUUUGUCUCCAAGCUCAUCGACUCGGCUCCUGGAACCCAGUUUGACGCUCUUGCGACUGUGACUAAGGAAGACAGAUCAGGCUUCCAGUCAACAAUCACCACUCGCGCCACGCAAAGCUCAAAUGAGGUGCUUCUAGAAGUCAAAGGUCUCUUCUGCCAGGCUGUCGAUGGUUUGAACCCAGUGCAGGGCCCAGACGGAGCACCUAAACUCUUGUUCAAGAUGCUCUGGCACCCGGACAUGACCAUGAUGCCAGUGGAGAUGAUCAAAGAGCCGCUCAGAUUUCACGUCGACGCUCAUGAACUCUCUAUCAACAAGAAGCUAGUUCGUUCUGCAUGGCACUUCAUCCAAGACGCUAUUCAAGACAUCGGCUCAGACGAUCAGGCUCUGCUUGACAUGGAAUGGUAUCAUAAAUCGCUUUACGAUUGGAUGAAGUCCAACUACGACGCUGGGCUUGUCGGCACUCUUGCUCGUGGUAGUGCAUCUUGGGCUAAGGCCAGCAAGGGCAUGAAGCAUAUGCUAUUCGACGAAGUCUCGUCUCAGAGCGUCAAUGGCCGCCUCUUAUGUCGCAUCGGCCGGAACCUGUCAAAGAUCCUUCGGAAGCAGGUGGCACCUCUGGAAGUCAUGAUGGAAGGUAAUCUUCUCUAUGAAUUCUACGAGAAAGCCCUUCGCUGCAACCGAUCUUACGACCAAGUCCAGCAGCUUGUGCAUCUCUAUUCCAUGAAGACUCCGCGAGCAAAGGUUCUCGAGAUUGGGGGAGGCACCGGUGGGUGCACCGGUUCUGUUUUGAAGGGACUGUCUGACGACACUCCUGAUGGCAGCUAUCGCUUCUCAUCCUACACUUUCACUGACGUUUCUACCGGUUUCUUCGAGGCGGCUGCCAGGAAGUUCGCCGACUAUGGAAACAUGAUGAGCUUCAAGAAACUUGACAUUGAGGUGGAUCCCUCUGAGCAGUCAUUCAUACCUGGCUCCUACGACCUCAUCAUUGCUUGCCAGGUUCUCCACGCUACGAAGAACAUGGAAAAGACGAUGAAAAACGUUCGGAAGCUUCUCAAGCCCGAUGGGAAGCUCAUACUGGUCGAGACCACCAAAGACACAUUGGACGUCCAACUCAUCUUUGGAGCGUUGCCUGGUUGGUGGCUCGCAGAGGAGGCUGAACGUAAGGGUGGACCAAAUCUUACCGUUGACCACUGGAGCCGGGUGUUGAAGAACAGCGGAUUUUCGGGAAUCGACAUGGAGGUCCGCGACAUGGAAGAUGAUGCCAAUUACUCUUUCAGUGUCAUGACCUCCACUGCAACUUCACCACACUCUUUCCCGUCUGAAGUUUCUAUCCUCUGCCCUACAGAGAAGGUCCCAGUUCCAUGGAUGGAUGGUCUACAGGCUGCGAUUCAAGCGAAGACCGGCGCUUCAACGCUUCUCGAAGACUGGAAGAAGAUCGAUGCCACCGACAAAGUGUGCAUUAUGCUCGUCGAAAUGGUCGUCCCUCUGCUGAGCCGUCUCGCGAAAGCAGAGUUUGAGACUAUCCAACGUCUCUUGACCACCGCUCGGGGUAUUCUGUGGGUCACAAGAGCGAGCCUCACCAAGGGUCUUGAGCCAGAUAUGGCCUUGCACUCUGGGCUUCUUCGAACCCUUCGGAUGGAAGACGCCGGACGGCGAUACGUUUCUCUCGACCUCGAAACGACAGAAUCAGUCUGGGCUGAAAAGAAUACCGACUUCAUUGCAGAUGUCUUCAGUGCUUCGUUCGACUUCGCACGGAGUUCUCAAGACAUUGACACGGAGUAUGCUGUCCAGCAUUCGCUGCUUCAUGUGUCACGCAUCUACAAUGACGAUACCGAGAACAAAGCUCUCAGUCCGGAAGACGCCAUACCACACCUGGAGAUCCGAGAGUUCGCGACCAAAGAUUCAGGCACUGCCCUUCAAAUGGAGGUUGGAACUCCUGGUCUCCUCGACACCCUGCGUUUCCAUGAGGUCGACCGGGAUGGAUCUUCUCUUGCACCAGACCAAAUUGAGAUCGAACCACGCGCCUUUGGUCUCAACUUUAGAGACGUCUUGGUUGCUCUUGGCCAACUCGAUGAAACCAUCAUGGGAUAUGAGUGCAGUGGCGUUGUCACUAGACUCGGCUCAGACGCCCUAAAAGAGAGUGGUUUGAAGGUUGGCGACCGUGUUUGUGCCAUUCUUCGCGGGCACUGGGCGACCAGAGUUUCCAUCAACUGGCCAUGUGCCGUUCGCAUCCCAGACGACAUGUCAUUUGAGGAUGCUGCGUCAAUUCCUAUGGUCUUUGCUACUGCAUACCACGGACUGUACGAUAUCGGCAGAUUUGCUAAGGGUGAAACUGUGCUCAUCCAUGCCGCCACCGGCGGAGUUGGUCAAGCUGCCGUCAUGUUGGCUCAACAUCGAGGUGCCGAGGUCUUCGUCACGGUCGGCACUGAGGCCAAACGCGAUUUCGUCAUAAAGGAGUUUGGCAUCCCGCAAGAUCACAUCUUUUCUAGUCGAGACGCUUCCUUCGGGCCUGCGAUUAUGAAAGCUACCAACGGCAACGGGGUUGAUGUGGUUCUCAACUCACUUUCGGGUCCCCUACUGCAGGAGACUUGGGACUGCAUGGCCCGAUUCGGGAGAUUUGUUGAGAUUGGCAAGCGAGACAUGGAGGCUGCUAAGCACCUGGACAUGAGCCCGCUACGCCGCGCUGUCUCUUUUGCUGCGGUUGAUCUUUUCCAGCUGGGCAAGUACAAGGGACUCGUUCUUCAAGACGUUCUUUUGGGUGUCAUGGCAAUGUUCGAGCGAGGAGAACUCCGAACUGUCGCGCCCGUGACUACUUACUCCAUCUCGGAUGUCGACAAGGCCUUCAGGUUCAUGCAGAGUGGCAAGCAUCUGGGCAAGAUCGUGGUGAAGCCUCAGCCAACCGACUUCGUGAAGGUUAUUCCUAAUCCCAAGCCUGCUCGCCUGUCUCCAACUGCAACUUACGUUAUUGUUGGCGGCAUGGGAGGCAUCGGCCAAUCCAUCGCUCUGUGGAUGGCGCGUAGUCUUGGAUGCAAGAAUCUCAUCAUUCUUUCUCGAAGCGCUCGGUCACAUCCAUCUUGCCAAACUCUCAUGGCGAACCUUCAAGCCGCUGGAUGCAAGACUCUCGUUGAGAACUGCGAUGUGUCCAAUGAGGCAAAUUUUAGGCGCGUUCUGGAACACGCGAGACAUAACCUCCCACCCGUUCGUGGCGUGAUUCAAGCUGCUAUGACCUUGAACGACUCCAUUUUCCCCAACAUGACUUACGACCAAUGGCUCGCGGCCACAGGGCCUAAGAUCGCGGCCACGUGGAACAUUCACAACAACCUUCCAGACCUUGACUUCUUCAUCAUGCUCUCAUCCUUGACAGGUCUCGGCGGUAACACCAGUCAAGCCAACUACUCGGCCGGCGGAACAUUCCAGGACGCCUUCGCGAAGUAUCGUACAUCCAAAUCCUUGCCAGCUGUGUCCAUUGACCUGGCGAGUAUUCAAGAGGUUGGCUUCGUCGCCAAUACUGAGGGUGUUGCGGAGCGUUUGACCAAGACUGGACUCGCCGACAUCGAUGAAGCGCAGAUGCUGAAGAUCAUUGAGACAGCCAUUCAGCGUCCUCACCGCCCUGUUGAUCUCAGUCAACUUAUUACAGGCAUCUUGGAGUUUGACGAGUCGUCGACCGUUGCUUGGGUCCAAGACAAGAGGUUCACCUCUGUGCAGGUCAACCACAACACCACGAGCGGCCCACGUGGCCGAGGUGACAACCAGGGUGCCACUUCUGCUCGGCUGUCUGAUUCCUUGCAGUCUGCACAAAACAGCACUAGUGCGGUGGUUCUCAUUUUGGAUGCCAUCAUCUCCAAGUUGGCGGAGAUGUUUGGCUUGGACGCUGCAGAGAUCGACAAAAAGCAUCCCGUGUCCAAGUACGGGGUUGACUCGCUGAUCGCCGUUGAACUCAGAAAUUGGCUGGUAUCCAGCGCAGGAGCUGAAACGACAAGCAUUUUUGACGUGCUGCACAGCCCAAGCUUGACUGUUCUAGCCGAGAAGAUCGGAGAGAAGAGCAGAUAUGUGUCAACGAUGGUUAAAGCUACAUAG